AUGACGAACAUUUUCAAGAAAGUUUAUCACAUUUCUGCUUUCUUUUGGUACGCUUUUAUUAUUCAGUGCAUUUAUGCAAAAGGAGAAACAGAUCUGCCACCAGGAUUGUUCGUCUACGGUGGACCCUGGAAAUAUCUCACUUUCUUAAAUCUGGUUCUACAGAUGGUGUUUUUUGGAUUGGGAUCCCUCAAUGACCUUCAGCCUGUGGGUAAAGAUUCCAAAAAAUCAUCUCUCAGUCUGUGCAAGGACCUGCUCUUUUCUGUCUUUGUGUUUCCAGUUGGGGUGUUUGUAGUUCUAUUGUUUUGGUUGAUUUAUACCUACGAUCGGCAGCUGGUUUAUCCUGCUUCAUUGGACACCAUCUUCCCAUCAUGGCUGAAUCAUGCUAUGCAUACUGGUGUUCUUCCAAUCUUGUUAGGUGAGAUCUUACUGGAGCCACACUACUACCCUAAAACAAAACACGGUUUAUCUGCUUUGGGACUCGUUGGUCUUGCUUACCUAGGAUGGGUGAUUUGGGUGUAUCAGACUGUGGGAGUCUGGGUUUAUCCAAUACUGGGGAUGUUUAGCAGCGCAGGCUUGACUGUUUUCUUUUUUCACAACAUGCUUGUGGUGUCACUGCUGUACUUACUGGGACAAACUUUAAACCAAAAAGUUUGGGGGAGAGAUCACCCAGGCAUUAACAGGACAUGAUGCAUUACAAAACAUAUUCCACGUGCACGUUCCUUUUACAUGUUUCUGUAUCGGUCCUACUUCUGCUGACAUAUGCAGUAUGUGAAAUUAAAAUGUGUAUCUGUGAUGGAAACAGGUGGUCAAUGUAAAACAUCUCUAUACAUGUUUAACUAACAAAUAUAAGGUUGAUGUGUUAUAUACUCACAUGACAGUCAUGUUAUACAAUGAAAAAGUACAUUCAUCGUUUAGGUUAACAAGUGACAGUAAAGAGUUGGCUUCUGUCGUUUGUUUAUACACAGCAAAAUCUUGCUAAAAUAAUUUCAGAAAAAUCCUAUUUUAUUCUAAAUUCUAAAAAACAUGUUACUUAAGUACAUUUACUAUUUAUUUAGGCAUGUAGCGGAUGCUUUUAUCCAAAGUGAAUUGCAAAAGUGAAGAAAACAACAAAGAUGUUUAUACUAAUAAUAUGAGAAAUGCUUUUUUUGAUAUUGAGUGAGCCUCAAGUGUUCAGAGAAUGAGAGAAAGACAACUUAAGUUUCUUGAAUAUUGUUUGGGAAGCAGAUGAAAGUAAACUAAAAAGAAAGCGUCUUCUUUUGCUUUCCACAUUUCCAUGAAGAGUCAAUAAGAUUUCAUAAAUUAGUAUUGUGAACAAUUUGGUGUGUGUCACACAUUAACAUUUUCUGAUUGCUCGAAAAAAAUCCUACUUCAACUACUUUUCUUUUAUUUAUUUUAUUUAUCAAGGCUUAUAAGCUGUUUCAAGACAAAACUGGUGUUGUUGUUUUACUGAGAGAAUGUGAAAGAGAAAGUGUGUUUUCUGCAUUCUAACAGUGGGUGUGCACUAUAAAAUGUUCCAGCUAUUUUCCUUUUGAAUCAUUUAUUAUCUUUUUACAUGAUUGAUCUACUAACAUGAUUCAAUAAAGUUCUGUGACGAAGGGUUGCGCAUUUUAAACAAGUCUAUGAAUUUGGAAAUUUACAUGAAAGUCAUGUAAUACAAUAAAGAAUUACAUUAACAGAU